AGACUAUCCUGACUAUGAUAGGGAAGAUGGAAUAUUCAAAAUUACUACAGAUGGCAGAAUGGCAGAAAUAAUGCAACAAAUGAAAUCAACUCUGAGCUAAAUCUUGAUUCACUCUACUUUAAAUGUAUUGAGGAUAAUGCUGCUUCUGAGAUCUGGAAUACAGAACAACAAUCAAAUUUCCCAACCAGUGUCAAAUGUCUAAUGAAAUCACAUUUCUUUGGCUGAUGUUUAUCUGUCCCCCACUAUUUGCAAAGAAUCUGAACAUGAUCAACAUACAACGAAAGAAGACCAGUCACAUAAUGUUGUAUACCAAAAUGAAGAGGGUAAAUGGGUGACAGAUCUUGCAUAUUAUACCUCAUUUGAUAAAGAACAAAAAUCCAAUGUUUCAGACAUAAGUGGAGACUUUAUAACUGGAGCUGAAGCAAUAGCUAUGAUUGCCCAAGAUCAGGAAGUAUUUGAAAGGGAACACAGAUGUAUACAGGAAGAGAAAAUGGACCUGCAAAAUACAUCUGGAUUAGAAGAUGCAUCUUGGAAAUCAGUUAAUAACCAUAAUAUAUUAAGAGAGUCUCAAAAUGACUUUAAUAGAGAUGCAAGUUAUUUACGACUUUCUCUGGGAGAAUUCUUUGGUCAGAAAUCUGAGGCUCUUGGUUGUCUUGGUGGAAGUGGUGAUGUGAACGGCCAUCUUUUGGUUAUCAUAUCACUUCUCCAAAGAAGAGACAGCCCAUAGCUUUGUUGAGGCAAUCUGAUAUAUAUAUAACAAACUCUGAUGAACAGGAUUUGAAUAUUUCUAGUAAUUGUCAAGGAGAUGUAAAAGAAAGCAUUAAAAAGGAAGUUGCAUUUGCUACUUCUGCUGUUGGUGAAUCAGAUAUGCAGUCCAGAGAAAAUAGAACUAAUCAACCUAGACACAGAGAACCUGAAAGAAAGCACCUUCAACUUGAGCCCUCUGUCCUGAGUGUGAGCACAAUUGCAUCUGCAAUUGCAAAUGCUUCUGUUAGCGCUGAACCAUCACAGUUAGCUGCUUUGAUGAUGGCACUUUCAAAUAAAAAUAAAGAAGGAAUAAAUGUUCCAAAAGGUGACAAGCUCUCAGACUUCUCAGUUGUCAAUCAGUUAUUAUCAAGCAAUAUAGAAAAUAGUACAUUUGAUAUAGAAAAAUAUCUCAGAAGAGCUGAAGAAGUUGAAAGCAACAAUGAACAAGAAAACUUGAUUAAACAUGAAGAAACCACCAUAGCUAAGCACAAAGUUUUGUCCCUGCAUGAAUCCAAAACUUCUUUUUCGGGAGAUUCAUCUAAAGACAAUUUCAAUACCAACCAUGGAAAAGAGAAUCAGCAUCUGGAAAAAAUAUAUGAGGGAAACUGUGUUGGAGGAUUGCACUGUAGCAUUUCUUCUGAGCAGAAAGCAGAAAUGGAAUAUGUUCAGACGUCAUCGAAUACAGGGGAAUAUUUUCCAUCAAAAGAGCAGACUUCAUUACAAAAUUCAAAAGAAGAGCCAUCCAAAAAUGCUGGAAUAUCUUCAGAGACUGAGUUACUAUCAAUCCCAAGUGAAGCUGUUGGAAGAACUGAACCAAAGCUUAUGACAUCAACACCUGGUGUACAAAUUUCAGAUGAACAGUAUAGCUUCAGACCUUCAACUUCCCCACUGACUCAUUCAUCACCAAGUGAAUCUUCAGGAACCACUUUUACAGGGUCUGUCUUUCCUUCUACACCACCCAACUUUAAGGAAUCAAUUUGCAAUGACAAUACAUUACGACAGUCAGUAUACUCUGAUCCUAGCUUAGAACAUUUGACUUUUGUUUCUGCCACUGAAAACAUUUGUAAAAGUCCAGCUCUAUCUAGUCCAACAAGAUACAAAAGUAAUCGUACCAGUGAGUUGAGUACCACAAUAGUUUGGAAUAGUCCAGGUUCAUUAAUGGAGACUCAAACAGGAAAAAACAUUGCUUUGCAAAGUAACAAAUCUCUAUCAUUGAAUGAAAAUGCAAGAGCUAAGAGACUAGUUAUAAAUGAAAAUGUAGAUCAUAACAAUCAAUGUGAUAAGAAAAAAUCAACUGGAGAACUUCCAACAACAAGCAAAGAUCAAACUACACAGAACUGUAAAAAAAACAAUGAACUGGAUCAAGGUGAUAUGCCUGCAGUACAGCAGUGCUACACAAAUGCUGUUCAUGGACCAGGCUUACAGUCUCCAAAAAAACUGUCUGCUUAUAAUGAUUUAGGCAACUGUAUUUCAUUAAAUCAAAAUAGAGAGCUUUUCAAAUCCCAGAAUGCAGCUUCAAAGCUUUCGUCAAUGUCUUCUGGACUUCCAGCACUAUUAACAGGAUGUUCUCUUAAAUCAACUCCAUUUGCCCAGCAAUAUUUGGGAAGCUUGCCAUCUCACGGAAAUGUUGUUUUGCCUCGGUACUGUCCACCAGUUCUUAGUGUUCCAGCGGGUCUAAUUUAUUCUACGAUUCCUGUUGGUCACAUUCAAAGUUCAGUAUCUUCUGGAAUAGGAGUAGGUUCUGGAAUGACAGGAACAAGUCAGCAUUGCAACCUUAUAUCCAACCAAAAUAUCUUUAGUGGUACCUUGCAUACUGGGCAAGCACCUGAUGCUGUGGGACUUAGGCAGAGGGAAGAAUCAAUGUCAUUUGGGUUUGAACGUGUCAAGGUCCCAGAAGAAGUAAAAUUCCCUAAUUCUUGUUGUGUGGGUCUGACAUCCCAUGCUGUCCUUAGCAUUUUUAAUCCAUCUGAACGAUGGCUACAAGUCAAUAUUUGCCUCCUUAGUAUUAUGCUUGAUGGUGAAAAGGUGGACCCUUUGAAACACAGAUGCCUGCUAUUUAAGAGCAAAGCACUCAUAGGACCUUGUGCUACAGAAGAACUAAAAAUGCUCUUUUUACCCUGUCAAGCUGGAGUAUUCCAGUGUGUACUUAAUAUUGCCUCUUGGCCAUUUUCUGCAGAUCCAGAUAUCGUUGUUCAGGCAGAGGCUUUAGGAUCUAGGGUAGUUGUGAAUGCAGUUGCUGAAAAUCCCGAUAUAGAGGUGGAAGCAGGAAGAACAAAUUCUCUUGAUUUUGGUGAUUUGCCAUAUGGCAGCUGGAAAGCGCUCCCAUUGAAAUUAACUAAUAAAACUUGUGCUAGAAUGCCAAUCAGGCUUGUUAUUCAUGCAAAUGCUGUAGCAUGGCGUUGUUUCACAUUUUCCAAGGAACCAGUAAAUUCAUCUCUUAAAAGUGCAGUUCCCUCUUAUAACAUUUCUCAACUAGCAGCUCCAUCUGUUAUAUCUCAUGUAAUGAAUGCAAGCUGUGAUACACAAGAUCCUGAUGUUUUAAUAAUAUGGGUCCUAUUUCAUGCACCAAGCAAGUGCACAUAUUCAGAUUCUUUGGGACCAGCUGAUGAGUACUUUGCAAGAAUUGAUGUGGAAAUUGAUUGUCCGGAGCCUGGUAAUGUUUUAAAAAGUAUACCUUUGAGUGCAAGGUCUGGAACCCCUAGGAUAUAUGCUCCUAAAGGCCUACAGACAUUAUAUAUGUGUGCAAAAAUAGGAUCAUCAACAAAACAGCAGUUGCCAUUAAAGAAUGCUGGGAAUAUAAAAGUUAAUUUGAAGAUUGUGACAGUUGAGCCAGAUAACUGUAUAUCUAUCAAUCCUGAGGAUCUGAUUCUUAUACCUGAAGAAGAACAAGAAGUAACUGUUGAAUUUUCUCCAAAGAACUGUAAAAAUUCAGAUAGUGUUGUGAAAAUAAUGGUUUUGCCAUCCGGGCCAGAAUAUAAAGUAACAGUGAAAGGUGAUGUGUCAGUGGAAGAGAACAAACCAUUGGUACAAAAAUGCUCCAAUUCAGAAGUUCCUCCGAUUCUUGCCAAUAAACAACUUUUGAUAUGGGGAGGUGUGCAGGUUGGCAGAACAGUGCAACAGAAACUAAUUCUGAGAAAUGAUUCUUCAUCAACUUCUCAGCAGUUAAGAUUGCUAAUAAGAGGUCAGGAUCAAGACUGCUUCCAGUUGAAAGUUGGAGAAUAUGUGUACAAUAACUGCGAAAUCAAGAUCCGCCCAAAGCACGAUUAUAAUAUCUGUCUAACAUUUACACCGUAUCGUUUAACUUGCAUGUUUGCAAAGCUGGAAAUGAAACAGCUUGGUGUUCUAUCUCAGCUAGGAAUCAAAUUCACUAUACCAUUGUAUGGUUAUGGAGGAAAAAGCAACGUGAGAUUAGAAGAUGUUAAAAAACAUGCUAAUAGAUAUAUAUUAGGAUUGCCUGAUUUAGCACCUGGUAAAACAAGUCAUACCACUUUCUCUGUACAAAAUACGGGCUCCCGGGCUGCCUAUGUAAAAGCAUUGUGUUUUAAAAACAUUUAUGAAAAAAAUAUCAUGGAUCCAAAUACAAUGAAAAUCCAUCCAGAAAAGUUCAUCCUUAAGGAAGGUUCGAAGCAGAGAAUUGCAAUUACAUAUAUUUCCUCUGAAGAAAUCAAGAAAUCAUCAGUGUUGUCUACAAUUUGCUUGUUUUAUGGUGAUGAAAUUUUGAGACAACGAUGUUGCAGAACAAUACAACAUAAACCAGAACAAUGGCAGAAAAUACUUUCUCCUGAUAAUCCAGUAGUAAAUAUUAAAUUUGAUGAAGAAUUUCUCGGAGAAGAGCUGGUGGAAGAAGUCUAUGACCUUCCACAACAGCUAAAUGAUCUCCAGUAUUUUUUGACAAACAUGCGAAAGAUUACACUCUCUGUUGUUAAUGAUUCUGUUAGCACCGUAUCUGAUACUAGGCCAUCUUCAGUACAUCAAGUGGCUUUGGAGAGACUUGGUAUUCCUGAGAAAUCUGCUAUGACUCUGGAUAUACUACCCGUUAAAGGACCUAAUGGCUGUGCCCUAUCUUCAAAAAAUGAUGUCCUAAAUGAAAAUACCCUUGUUUCUCAUGAAACCUGGACUCUUCAACCAGAAUUCCUGAUUCUCACAGCUCCUUUUCAAAGUGGUGCAACAGUUACUAAAUAUACACAAAUGACCAAUACCUCAAACCGACCAUUGAAAUUUGAACUAUCAUGGCCUGCUCAUUGUCUUACAGUAACUCCUCAACACGGAACUAUUGAGCCAGGGAGCAAUGUUUCAAUUCAUGUGAGCCCAAAUCCAUCACUCGCAGAUAAUAAAUCAAUAUUUCCAUGGAAUGGCGUUAUAUACAUACUUUGUGAUGGUGGACAAAAACUUGUUAAGGUUCAAAUUCGGGAAAAUAUCACUGAGAAGUCAUCUGAAAAGAGCUCACUAACUGCUAAAAUGAAUGCUCAGCCACAGUCUGAACUAGCUGUUACUCACAUACAACCAUGCCAGAAAAAACAGUUGACCAAACUCGAAGUAAAAAACCGGACCAUAAUUUUUCCUGAGACAAAAUCUGGUGAACACUCAGAAAAAUACCUAGAGAUUGAAAAUAAUGGAGAUGAAAAUUUGAAGUGGUUUUUGACUUCUUUUGCACCACCAUAUGUCAAGGAUGUUGAUGAAAGUGGAGAUGUUUACAGAGCUACAUAUGCUGCUUUCCAGUGUUCCUAUCUUUCAGGUACUCUUGAAGUUUGUGGAAAAGAAAAAAUUAUAGUGUCGUUUCUACCUAGAGACAAAGGACAUUAUUCUCAGUUUUGGGAUCUUGAGUGUCACCCAUUGCACGAGCCUCAUUUGACAGACAAAUAUAGACUUCAGUUUUGUGGAAUGAGUAUCCUAAGCAGUAAACAGUUAAAAAAUGAAGUAUCUGCAUCAUCAUUUGUAAAAAUCAAUAUUCGAGAUGUAUCACAAAGAAGAGAAUACCUCAGUAUAUUUGAUCACAACAUAUGGAAAGGGGUAUAUGCCCAAGAAGAUGUCUAUACAUUUCCUCCAACUAAAGUUGGCGAAUCAAGUACAUUGAAAAUCAGCAUGAAGAAUUAUUCUAUGUCUUCCUGCCAGCUCAACUUUAGAAGUCCUGGAGAGCCUUUUUAUAUCAAGCAUUCCCAUUAUAAUUUGAGAUGUCACCACUACUGCAAUUUACCAGUCCAAUUCAAACCAAGAUCCCCAGGCAUUUUCAAAUGCUUAUUGGUGGUUGAGACAGAUAAAAGUGGAACUCUUACUAUUCAACUAAUUGGUGAGGGUUUGGCAGAAAAUAGUUAAAUAUGUUGUUAACCAUGCACACUUUGACUAAAUUAUUAAAUUUCCAUUUUUGUAUACAAAAUAAAUGUAUAGGUAACUCAAGUAUUUGUAAAUUUUAAUAAAGUAAAUUUAUUAAUGUAUGCUAUCAUGGAACCAGUGCACUUUUGCUGUUGAAAGCAGCAAUGUAAGUAACUUGUUUUGAUUAUGACUUCGUAAAUGACAAUGUAUCAGUUUAGUUUUUUUAAAAAAAUAAAAUUUUCUUUAUAUA